AUGGCCGGAUCUCCGCCAAAUAGCUUUCCAGGCGGCAACGGCCUUUCAGAAGAAUUCGAAGGCUGGCUGCCAGGCGGCAAGCCGACGAACUGCAACGAGACGAUUGGCUCCCGCUAG